AUGUCGAAUCAGCAGCGCGACAGCAACUAUACCAUGGGGUACUCUCCGGCUACCACAGCCAGCCACUCAGCGCGGACUGCCGAGGCGGAUGCGGGUUUCUUGCUUCCACAUCUCAAGGCUACUGACAAAAUCUUGGACGUGGGAUCUGGUCCGGGUACCAUCACUAUCGGCUUCGCGGCAAUCGCCCGCGACGGUGAGGUCGUUGGCAUAGACAUCUCCGAAGAUAUUCUGGGCCAGGCGCGGCAGUUCGCGGCAAAAGCCGGGUCACCCCCGAACCUAUCCUUCCGACACGGCGAUGUCCUCAAGGGCCUCGACUGGAUCCCCGACGGCACGUUUGAUGCCGUCUACGCUUCCCAGGUUUUCCCGCAUUUGCCUACCGCAGAGAUGAGGGAGCAAGCACUGAGCGAGAUGCGUCGCGUGCUUAAGAAGGAUGGCAUACUGGCCACGCGAACACUGGCGGAUAUGCAGUGGUAUCCGAGGGAACUGGGCCUCAAAGAGCUUGUUGGUGGACACAUGAACAAGGCCUUUGCCACCAGCGAUUAUGUCGGACCAUUAAUGCCAGCGCUGUACAGAAAAGUUGGCUUUGAAAAGAUCAAGGUUGGGGCUGGAACCCAUGUGAGCGCCACUGAAGAGGAAAGAAGAUGGCUGGUAGGCACAUUUGGAGGUCGUCUGGCACCCGGCGAGACAGUUCGGCAGAGCUGGAUUGAGGCUGGAAUCAGUGAGGAGGAGGUUGACACCACUAGACGUGUGCUGGAAACAUGGGCGAACACUGAGGACGCAUGGUAUAUUGGAGUCGAAGCGGAUAUCUUGGGAUGGAAAUGA